GUUCAUUUUCAAUCGGAGUAGUAACUGACUGUCUCCGAAUAUCCACCCAGGGGACCAAGCACCCGCUCUGUCCCUACGAGCUCCGCUAUGGUCCAAGUACAUUUGCCGUUACUGGCAAAGGCACAAGAAACCGCUGCCUCAAGCCGCCCAUGGAUCGAUCCGAUGGAUCUUGAUUCCUAUCCUAUAGGAUCCAGCGUUAAGGACUCCAUACAAAGAUAUCCAGAAAGACUUCUGCGGAACAUGAUGAGCAAAAGAGCCAGACAAUCAGCCCUGUCCAGUAUUCAGCGUCCGCCACUAUAGACCUCGGUACCAGAUCACAGGCGGCUACUUCCCCGACAGCCGAUACCUCUGUCCCUCUUCGCUCUUACAUAAGAAUCUAACCAACGUAGCACCAGAACAUAUGCCGUACAUCUGGAGUGAUCCUCAAUGGCAAGCAGGGAAUACAGUCCUCUCCACAUGGCAGCAUUAAGACCUGGACCCGGGCUCCAUCGGCAGUUCGGACACCAUCAGCUUUCUCGUCAUUGGGCGGUUGUACUCAGUAGACGGUACUUUGUUAAGAAUCUUAUGCGUGGACCAGUCUUUUAGCGUCGAACC